AUGCAUGCUAAAGACUGGCUUAUGGCAUUUGUUGGCGUCUUCCUCCCUUUUGUCCCCGUGGGCAUUAAGAGAGGUAUCUGCUCUGCUGACUUCUGGAUUAACAUUGCUCUCUGCUUCUUAGGAUUUUUGCCUGCAUUGAUCCAUUGCUGGUACAUUAUUUCCUGCUAUCCAUAUGAGUCCCGGUCCAAUUACACUGGAGUCACGUUACCGGGUAGAGAAGCACAAGGAUAUGUGCUUAGCGAAUCUAUGGCGGGAGGUUCAGUCUGGUCUAGUUUGGGAUAUCAGCCAGAAAUAGCGGUAACAACGCCGAAUUCUCAGAUGCAGAUAGUUCUUGUUGACAAAACUAUAAACAAGGACACAGUAAAUGAUUUGCGUGAAUCAAAUAUCCACCAGGUGUGCAAUAUACAGGAAAUGCACUUCCAAUUCAAUAUUAAUGAUAAAACUAUGAGUGAUCCAAUGUUGUCUACCGAAAGUAUAGUGAGAAAAUUAAUUUUCCAUUUGAACUAUCUCAUGCUAUGCAACUAUAUUCAGUUAGAAGAGCGGUCACCUUUGGCAUUCUCUUAUGCAGCACGGAAGAAGUAUUCAAUUUCGUCAAACGUAAUGCCGUCUCUUUCAGAGUCGUUUGCGAAAUCUAAGGAAACCUUGAUUCUCGAAAAAAGAGCUUUGAAUGCCGGGUUUCUGAAACAAGUUUGUCAUGAAAAUCUUGCUGGUUACUUGAAGCGUAUGAGUCAUCGUAGGCUUGAGCAAUUAGCCGAGAGGCAAAAAGAGACACCAUUAGUCCUCGAGUUCUUUGCAUUGGCUUAA